AUGAAGGUAUUCAUCUGUCUACUGAGCACAGUUUGUCUCUGCAAUGCCACAUUUCUAUCGCUGUUCGGCGGCGGUGGCGGUGGUGGUGGUGGAGGAGGAGGCGGCGGAAGCAAGACCACCUAUAAUGUCAUAGCCACGCCUAGUCAUGGAUACGGACAUGGCGGUGGAGGAUAUGCUCAAGCAUAUGGACAUGGCAGCAGCAGCGUCUCCUCCUCCCCCCAAGUCAUCAAAGUCAUCCUCCAGGACGGUCCUAGCUAUGGUGGCUACAGCGGCCGCAGUGCUGGCGCCGUCAGCCACGGCUAUAGCUAUGCUCAGCCCCAGCCCCAGCCCCAGGCGCAGAUCUAUAAGAUCAUCGAGCAAGCUGCACCCGCACCAUUGCAUGUGGCCUAUGGAGGUGGUGGCGGAGGCGGCGGCGGCUAUUCGUACGCUUCCGGCUACUCGGGCCACAGUCAUGGCUCUCACGGCAGCCAAGACUUCAACGCCAUACUGCCACAGAUCAUACAGCUGGUGCUGCAGGAGGACGCCCUAGGGGGUGGUGGCGGCGGCUACGGAGGCAACGAUGCCGCCUACAAUCAGCAGCUCAUCGACACCUUCGGCCUCAAGGGCAAGGCCAUCAUAAUGCGCGCCGAUAAGGCGCAGGGCGCCUUCUUCAAGAGCGGCCAUGUGGUGCAACGCGGCACCCUCAAGGUGAUGCGCGUCCAGGACAAUCAGCAGUCACACCAGACACAAAGCUAUGGCGGCGGUUCCGGCUGGAGCUCGCACCCAGCCCCCGCUCCAGCGCCUUCUGGCUGGAGCUCGCACCCAGCCCCCGCCCCAGCGCCCUCCGGCUGGUAG